UAAAUACCUUGCAUUUCACCAGUUUACUACUACAUUAAAAUGAGGCUUUGUAAAUUCACAGCUCUCUCUUCUCUACUAUUUUCUCUCCUACUGCUUUCUGCCUCGGCAGAACAAUGUGGUUCCCAGGCCGGAGGUGCGCGUUGUCCCUCGGGUCUCUGCUGCAGCAAAUUUGGUUGGUGUGGUAACACCAAUGACUACUGUGGCCCUGGCAAUUGCCAGAGCCAGUGCCCUGGUGGUCCCACACCUACACCCCCCACCCCACCCGGUGGUGGGGACCUCGGCAGUAUCAUCUCAAGUUCCAUGUUUGAUCAGAUGCUUAAGCAUCGCAACGAUAAUGCAUGCCAAGGAAAGGGAUUCUACAGUUACAAUGCCUUUAUCAAUGCUGCUAGGUCUUUUCCUGGCUUUGGUACCAGUGGCGAUACCACUGCCCGUAAAAGAGAAAUCGCGGCUUUCUUUGCUCAAACCUCCCAUGAAACUACUGGAGGAUGGGCAACAGCACCAGAUGGUCCAUAUGCAUGGGGUUAUUGCUGGCUUAGAGAACAAGGUAGCCCCGGCGACUACUGUACCCCAAGUGGUCAGUGGCCUUGUGCUCCUGGUCGAAAAUAUUUCGGACGAGGCCCCAUCCAAAUUUCACACAACUAUAACUACGGGCCUUGUGGAAGAGCCAUAGGAGUGGACCUGCUAAACAAUCCUGAUUUAGUGGCCACAGAUCCAGUCAUCUCAUUUAAGUCAGCUCUCUGGUUCUGGAUGACUCCUCAAUCACCAAAACCUUCUUGCCACGAUGUCAUCAUCGGAAGAUGGCAGCCAUCAGCUGGUGAUCGCGCAGCCAAUCGCCUCCCUGGAUUUGGCGUCAUCACAAACAUCAUCAAUGGUGGCUUGGAAUGUGGUCGUGGCACUGACUCAAGGGUCCAGGAUCGCAUUGGGUUUUACAGGAGGUAUUGCAGUAUUCUUGGAGUUAGUCCUGGUGACAAUCUGGAUUGCGGCAACCAGAGGUCUUUUGGAAAUGGACUUUUAGUCGAUACUAUGUAAUUUCAUGAUCUGUUUUGUUGUAUUCCCUUGCAAUGCAGGGCCUAGGGCUAUGAAUAAAGUUAAUGUGUGAAUGUGUGAAUGUGUGAUUGUGACCUGAAGGGAUCACGACUAUAAUCGUUUAUAAUAAACAAAGACUUUGUCCCAA